CGAUUCCAAUGGAGUUUCCCAUCUCCUCAAAAGUAUCUAUGGUGCCACCAGGAAGCAAGCUGUUUAGCUAAGAGUGUGUAACGUUAGCGUCUUUCACGUGCAUCAGGAGGAGUUGGAUUUGGAAAUAACCAUGUCACCUUUGCUACAUUGAAGAAUCAUUUGAUUACCGAUGAUCGUAACCCAAAACCACGUGAGAGAAGAAACGGACAACUGAUAAAGCUAUUGUCUGCCCUUGAGGAAUCCUCUUAGUAGAAAAAUCUAGUCAUAUACUGAAAUAUGCAAGCUUACCUACCUACCCAUGCAUCUUCCUUAUGGGGGUAAUGCUACUUCUGUGUACGAAAAUACAGUACCACUUUCAAAUUCUGGAUUCAUAUCUUAGACCUACCUGUGUUGAUCAGAUCAUCGCUCAAUAUAACAUUUAAAUCUACAUCAGUAGUCUAGAAACUCUUCCACCAUUUUGGUUCAGUCAAAUAUACUAUAUUUUGCACAUCUCUGACGGGGUUAGUUAGAUCAGCUUCCUGUCAAGAUGUUUUCAGCUUUGAAGAAGUUAGUUGGUUCUGAACCAGGCCAGCCAAGGGACAAGAGCAUCCCUGCUGGCAUGCAGUCCAUGAACCAGAGUUUACAGAGACGCUUUGCCAAAGGAGUACAGUACAACAUGAAAAUAGUUAUCCGUGGAGACCGAAAUACUGGCAAGAGCACUCUAUGGCAUCGACUGCAAGGAAAGAAAUUCACAGAUGACUACAUACCCACUCAAGAGAUCCAGGCAACCAGCAUCCAUUGGAACUACAAAACCACUGAUGACGUGGUCAAGGUGGAAGUGUGGGACGUGGUGGAUAAAGGCCAAAAAUACCCUCUCCCUGAGGGUGUAGGCAGAGGUAAAAAGCGAGGGGACACUUUGAAAGUAGAGAAUGAACCCCAAGAGUCUGACGAAGUGGCCUUGGAUGCAGAGUUCCUCGAUGUUUACAAGAACUGCAACGGCGUGAUCAUGAUGUUUGACAUUACCAAGCAAUGGACAUUCAACUACAUCCUGAGAGAGCUGCCCAAAGUACCCACUCAUGUUCCAGUGUGUGUCCUAGGCAACCACAGGGACAUGGGUGACCACCGUGUCAUUCUACCUGAUGACAUCCGCCAGGUUAUCGCUAAUCUGAAUAGACCCAUGGGUUCCUCCUAUAUUCACUACGCUGAAGCCUCUAUGAAGAAUGGAUUUGGUUUGAAAUAUUUACACAGAUUUUUCAACAUUCCUUUCCUGCAACUUCAGAGGGAGACUCUGUUACGGCAGCUCGAGACCAACCAGUUAGACAUGGACGCCACUCUGGAGGAGCUCACCGUGCAGCAGGAGACUGAGGAUCAAAACUAUGAAAUUUUCUUGGAGAACAUAGAGACCCGCAGUAAAGGCUAUGGUUCUCCUGGUCCAGCCAACGGCCGGAGCCCCUCCUCGGGCUCCCAGUCCCCUACCGUUCCUCCAAGCGGGGCCUCCACUGGCAGCUCUAGCCCUGGCACCCCUCAUCAGCCAACCAUCCCUGCCCAGGUCCCCGGCCUCCAGGCCCCCUCGCCCUCGCCCUCUCCUCCGCCUCCUGUCCUGGCAGCUGGGAUGGUUUCCCCCACAGCUGAGCUUCAAUCCCCCACUCUGAGGCAGGCUCAGUGUCCUGAGCAUCCUGGACCAUCACCGCUUCCCCCAGCAUCAGGCCCUGCCCAGGCCCCGCCUCCUCAGAAACGUGGCUUGAUCUCACGCCUCUUUGGCUCCGCCCCGGCCCCAGAGGUGACUGCCACCAUGCCAGAGCCGGAGCCUGCCCCCGUGUGUCCUGCUAAUGUUCAGAGUGUGGAUGACUUUGUGCCAGACGAGGGUCUGGAUAAAAGCUUCCUGGAGGACAGCCUGCCCUCUAAAGUUAAGGUUCCCCAACCUGCACUGGACAGUGACAGUGAUGGGGAGGACAGAGGGAACCCCAUGGUGGCAGGUUAUAUGGAUGAGCUGGACCCAGAUGACAAGGAGCCCCCGCUGCCCCUACCCAACACCCCGGGCCUUCUCACCAGUAAAGACUUCACUAUGUCUAGUGAUGAGGAGGAGUUGGAAGCACAGCCCCCACUAAUAUCACCACCAGUACCUGCUGUCACUCAGGAUGAACACCUCAACCUUGACAGUGAUUCAGAGCUGAUAAAACCGUGCACUGAGUCCAUAAUGCCCCGUGCCAUGGAGCCCCAAGCUCCGGAGCCUUUGGCACCUGCUGGCCAACUCUUGGAGAACACUGUCCCCCAGGUGGCUGAGCCCAUCACCCUCACCCUAACCUCUGCACCUGCAGUAGCCCUGGAGCAGCCAGGCCUACCCAGAGGGAAAAAGGGAGGAACCCCUGGGGUGGACUCGGACUCUGACCCAGGGGCCCCUGUUGCUGAGCAGAUGCUCUCCUUCGUGAUGGAUGAUCUUGACUUUGCGUCUGAGGAGGAGGCAGUCAUCCAGAAGAUAACUAAGGAAGUUUUCCCAGUCAGGGAUGAAGUACUGUCUGAUCUGGAGCUGUCAGAUGAUGACAUCCCUCCAGCCACGCUGAUCCCAGAGCCUCUGAAGCCCACACCGGUCCUGAAGCCCUCCUUUCAGAGUAAUAAUGAGACCGACCUGUUUGGCUUGGGCUUUACAGAGGAAGCCACCAAAGCCAAGGACAGCAGUGAGGACCUAGAAGAGAAGGAAAGCAAACACUCUGCAAAAGAAAAGAAGAAAAAGAAGAAGAAAAGCAAAGAGGAGGAUGAGAAGAGCAGCAAGAAGAAGCAUAAAAAGGACAAGAAAAAGGAGAAAGAUGAGACCGGAACAGAAGAUGACAAAGAGAGGAAAAAGAAGAAAUCUCGGACCAAGAAAAUGGAUGACUUGGAGGAUUUCUUGGCUGGAGGGGAGGGGUCAGCAAAUAGAGAGGGCGGAGACUAUGAAGAACUCUAGAUCCCAAGUCAUCCUUAUUUUUGGACCUUGACUCUAUAGAGAUGCGGAAGCCAAGUUGUCAUUUGAAACUUGUUUGGUUCCUAGAACCAGAUUAAUUUGUGCACAAGCAGCAUCCACAAGCCAUACCCAUGGUUCAUGGUCACCCAUUCCCAGGCAAAAAUCUAGACUCCGCUGGGGCUGUAUGAUGCGUUAAUAUUACUUCCCAUGAGCACUAUCACACAUUAUCUUUGAAUGUGAAGAGAUGAGAAACUAGGUAGAAGAUGCAAUCUUGUUACCAUCAACCUUUGAGGAGAAACAGGAAGGAGAUGACUGACACUCACUGUGGUGUGAUACAAACUAUAUGAUCACUACUGGGUAUGAUAAUUAGUAGAGCCACUAAGGAAAGAUUUUACUUUUUUUAUUUUCAGACGUUUAACUUAAAAUGUGUGUUUGCUUACUAUUUUAUUUUAACUUUUUAAAUGAUGCUCUCCUGAAGUGAACCACUCCAAAUGGGCUUGGCAGGGCUAACGUUUUUGUCUGAAUGUCCUCUAUUUGGUGUAAGAAUUGCUUGAGAGCAUAUUCCUGUAAAGUGAUGGUUGCUUGACAGUGUUGAUGGUUGCUUGACAGUGUUGAUAUUACAUAGUGGAGCAUAUACAUGCUUGAUGGUCAUAUUUCACAUAUUGAAGAUUGUCCUCUUACUUUGAUCCACUGGUUUUGUUUCUCCGACUCAGUGAUGUAAUGGUUGUUGAAAGUUUUGCUGCUUUAAUUGACUUUUUCUAUUUUUGACAAUGUACUAUCUCACUCCAUUUGAUCAUUUACUCCCCUCCACUCCCACAAUGGAACAGGUCCCCCAAUGCACCAUUUUACAGUGACUGUAGUUUUCAGUUUGUCUGCAUCCCAAAUUGGCACCUUAUUCCCUAUGCACAAUAUAUAUAUAUAUAUAUAUAUAUAUAAGGAAUAGGGUGCUAUUUGGGAUGUAGCCUUUGUCACCUUUUCUACCGCCUCAGUACACAUUUCAGUGUGUUUUAAUUAGAUGCCUUAAAAGGAAGUGACAUACAACACACGUACAUGUCUGCAAUCCUUAUCAACCAUGUGUCAAGUGUUCUUACGGGAAGUCAAGACUGUAAUGCAUCAGAACUGACAGGUAGUAGCUUCAGACAGAUGUGAUAUGUCUGGUGCCUUCUAUUGGUGAACUGUAAUGUUAUGUCACUCUGAAAUGUAUCAUAUACUGUCUUUUUUUGUUUAUUGCUGAAGCCAGUACCAAAAUCUUGGCAGCACACUACACAAUAUAUGUGAACAUUUGCUUUUAGAUAAUAAUCUUGAUUUAUGUUGUUAAGGGACUCAUACCAGUUUAGAAAUGAAUGAUUGCUAAAGUCAUAAACUGCUUACACAAUAAGGUAACUUAAAUAAUGAACUGCUAGUAUAUAUAUAUAUAUAUAUUCUUUCUCAAUCUUUUGCUGCAUUCCAAGGCUCCUACUGUUCGUGUGUUAACUUUACAUAACUGUUAUCAUGUCUGUCUCAUGAGGUUCCAUGAACUUUACCUGUGCUUCAGAUGUCCAUUUGAAAUACAAUUUCUUGCAAUAGCUGUAGUUCUUGGAGAUAUUUCAAUGGCAGCCUACUAACAUUGAAUGCAGCUAUUUUUGGACUGAAACCUGUCGACUAUUAUAGUGCUUCAUUAGUACUACUCUCAUCUAUGGUAUUUAUCAUAGUCAUAUUUUCCUGACGAGGAAAUACAAAUGGGAUUGAUUAAUGCGUACGAUGUGGUUGAUUGUCAUCUGGUUUGACUUAAACAUAAGGUUUAUAUUGCCCGCUCCCAAUGUAUACGUGUGUCCCAUGUGUUAGUGUGCUAAAGCAGGUUGACUAGUUGCAUCACCAAAAUUAGUAUGUAAUUGCAUCACUGCAGAUGAAAGCAGUCAUUGCAAUCUGUUUACAUUGCAACGAUACCAUGCUAUUCUGUAAUGAUGACAGACACCCAUCAAUUGAAUUAAAAGCAGCAUGAAUUCAUAUCAGACAAGAAAAUAAAUGCAGGUGGUAUUCAGGAAUGAUAUACAGUACAUGAAGCUUUUAUUUCGACAAUGUUACAAGGUAUGUUUAUUAACUGACGAGACAACAGACUUUUAGAUGGAUUAUAUACUUGUCACGUUAGAUUACAUUCGAUGGUUUAAAAUGUAAAAUGUAUCUUUCAAAAUAUGAAACUAUGCAUUAAUCUAAAGUACUGCUGCAUUGUCUGUCUAUUGUUGUCAUUCAAUGGGUGGUUCAUGAGGCAAAAAAUAAUGCUAAGAGCAAAUUUCCAAUUGGCGCAUGAAGCUUAUGUUGUACAAUAAGAAAAUAAUGUAUAGAAAGGUAAAUUGAUAUUUAUUUUCAUCCCAUGAAAUGUUUCCAUAUUUUCACUGGAUGUGAACCUGUGUUUGGCUCGUCCUAAUAAAUGCAAACGUAUUUCUUCAUAGAUGGCAUUUACCUUUUUUUUCCAUUAUGAAAAUCAUGAAAGCUACGACAAACUAUUGGUUUAGCUUCUUUUCACUUAGCUCUUGUAACCACCAGGAGGACUAAUACCUUUUCUUGAGGUACAGUACUUCAGGUUGUGUAACUGUAAAAAGCUGUAAUGGCUGUCUCGUUUUGUAGCAUAGAAUUGAAAGCCCCUUUAGCAUUUGGUGUGUCCUUUGGCAAUGUCCAUCAUUCCAGCUCAGUUAUCUCUUCUUCAGUAUGUGGAUUAUUUUGUGCCAGAUCUGAGAUCAUAGUGAUGUUCAUGUAUACUCCCUUCUCCUUCUGAAUUAAGAAAUACCAGGUGUAUGUUAUAGCUGUUGAAUAACAGUAGCUACAUGGCAAUUGCUAUUCUGUUUCAGGAAUUAAAUGUUUUAAUGUCAUACUU